AUGUCGAGACAUCCAGCAGUGAGAAAGCAAUAUUUUCAAUCAUCUAAAGUCAGCGAGAAGGUCGGUGGGGCAGAAGGAACCAAGCUAGACGAUGACUUCAAAGAAAUGGAAAAGAAGGUGGACGUGACCAGCAGAGCGGUGCUGGACAUCAUGACCAAAACCACAGAGUACCUGCAGCCCAACCCAGCGUCCAGAGCCAAGCUGAGCAUGAUCAACACCAUGUCCAAGAUCCGCGGGCAGGACAAAGGGCCCGGCUACCCGCAGGCCGAGACCGUCCUGGGCGACGCCAUGCUGAAGUUCGGACGGGAGCUCGGAGAAGAGUCCUGCUUCGGUUUGGCGCUAAUGGACGCCGGCGAGGCCAUGAAGGAACUCGGGGAGGUGAAGGACGCUCUGGACAUGGAGGUCAAACAGAACUUCAUCGACCCGCUGCAGAACCUCCACGACAAAGACCUCAAAGAGAUACAGCAUCACCUGAAGAAGAUGGAGGGCCGCCGUCUGGACUUCGACUACAAGAAGAAGCGUCAGGGGAAAGUCCAGGACGACGAGAUCAAACAGGCGCUAGAGAAGUUCGACGAGAGCAAAGAGAUCGCAGAGCAGAGCAUGUUCAACCUGCUGGAGAGCGACAUCGAGCAGGUGAGCCAGCUGGCGGCGCUGGUCCAGGCCCAGCUCGAGUACCACAGCCGGGCCGCCGAGAUCCUCCAGCAGCUCUCCAGCAAGAUGGAGGACAGGAUAAAGGAGGUGUCCAGUAAACCCAGGAAGGAGUUCGCUCCGAAACCCAGGAUGACCCUGGAGCUGCUGCCCCCCAGCGAGAGCCACAACGGGGGGAUCCACUCGGCCAAAUCCCCCGGAAGAUCACCAGCCCCGAUGGACCAGCCGUGCUGCCGAGCGCUCUACGACUUCGAGCCGGAGAACGAGGGCGAGCUCGGCUUCAAAGAAGGCGACGUCAUCACCCUGACCAACCAGAUCGACGACAACUGGUACGAGGGCAUGAUCAACGGCCAGUCGGGCUUCUUCCCCAUCAACUACGUGGAUAUCCUGGUGCCGCUCCCCCAUUAG